AUCCGCUAUCGAUUCUAGGAUUGGCCGGCGGCCGGGUCAGCUGGCGCUCCUGCGCUCAGUCUUUUUCCGGCCUGCAGGGUGUGGGGUGGAGGCGAUCGCACGAUCUCUCCCACGGACUUCCCUACCAAAAAAGCAGUGAUCCACGAUGGCUGACAUUCCCGCGGGCGACGUGGAGAAGGGCAAGAAGGUGUUCGUGCAGAAGUGCGCGCAAUGCCACACUGUCGAGGCUGGCGGCAAGCACAAGACGGGCCCGAACCUGAACGGCCUGUUCGGACGCAAGACCGGCCAGGCGCCCGGCUUCUCCUACACGGACGCCAACAAGAGCAAAGGUAUCACCUGGGGCAAGGACACCCUCUGGGUGUACCUGGAGAACCCCAAGAAGUACAUCCCGGGCACCAAGAUGGUGUUCGCAGGCCUGAAGAAGAAGGGGGAGCGCGCCGAUCUGAUCGCCUACCUAGAGAGCUCCACCAAGUAGCGGCCCGCCGGCCGAACUUAGGUCAAUGGGUCGGCCCUGCCGGCGGACUUAGCGAGCACGGCCGCGUGCGCGUGCGCGCGCGCCGCUAUCAAAUCCUCUCAGUGCUGAUUCCAUCAUCAUGACAUCGGGUAUGAGUGCCGGCCCGGCGUGGCCCCCGCCGCCGCUGACGACCCCGCUCUUCGCUCGUGGGCG